AUGGUGGUGGCCGCCUUCGAUACCGCGGUGGACAUCAAAAAACUGACCAGCGAACUCAAAUACAAGAGCGGCUCUCUACGAUUCGCUGAUAACCAGCUCCUCGAAACCAUGCUCGGCGUGCAGCAGGGACAUCUCUCCCUCUUCGCCAAGAUUAACGAUCCCGACAACAAGGUCAAGGUCAUCAUCGAUAAAAGACUUAUGGAGGCCAAGACGGUCAGUCUGCAUCCCCUGAUUAACACCGCGUCGACGAUUAUCUCCGGAGAGGAUUUCAAGUACUUCGCUGACAAGUUCGCUCCUGGAUAUAUGGUGAAGGAGUUCUAAGCUCCAGUC